AUCUAGUCCUCGGACAAGUGCAACGCGUUGAUGUCGCGGCGCGUUAUCGGGAAAGCGCGCGAAAAGCGGCCCGAGCCUCAGUAGCCUCGCGCCUUCCGGACGAGAUGGUCGCCGCGCGCGCGUUCGGCCUCGCCGCGAUCCUCGCGCUCGCGUGCGCCCACCUACCCUCUCACGACAACAUACUACGAAUACAACUAUGGGAUGCGGAGGGUUUAACUAGGGAGCCCGUGACCGCUGCGCCGGCAAGAAAAAAGUUGAAAGUCAACUUGGAUUCGCUCUACAAAGCCAUGCUUGAAGAGGACGGUGGGGAAGUUGGAAGAUUCACCAGACAUAAAGUGCGACAUAAGCGGCGAAGGCCGCGCGAACUCCAAGAAAAUAAAGUCCCGUGGCGAUUUCAUGAAGGGAACACUUCGUUAAAUGUUAUUGAGUAUGAAGGAGAUGAGCCUCCAGACUUGUGGUCUCUGGACAGUGCAGUGAGUGACAGUGCUUACGUGAAUGUACGUCCCGAGCCAGAUACACCACAGGCUUACCGGCAGGAACAGGACCAAGACGAAGAAAUCAAGAAACAGCUACCAGUCGUGCCAAAAUGCUGCGACAGUGGUCAGAACCUCACGUUCACGAUGCAAAACGGCGCGGCUCGGUCGGUCUGCGCGCGGAGCAGCCUGACGUUCCAGCCAGUCUUCCACAAGGCCAACGAGUCUCACAUCUGGAGCUAUGACAGCAACGUGUUUGAGACCAUCGUGGGAAACCCCUGCGCUUACGACAGAUACAAACUGGAACCAGACAAAAUCAGCGAAGACGAGUUCUACCUACUCGUCAACGGUUCUCUCUUCGUCCCAUUCAGCAAGCCGCCUCUACUUAGCACCAAAGACUUCUGCAUGGAGACAUUUUACAACGAGUCCAAUCCAGCGGGGGUCACGUUACCUUUGGUGUGCUUUUCUCAGCCGGUGGAAACGGCUAAGACUUCUACCACACUCAUACUUUACGCCGUAGGUUUACUAAUCUCCGUGCCAUUUCUGCUCGCAACGGCGUGCGUGUACACAUUCAUCACCGAGCUGCGAGACACGCAUGGCAAAGCUCUGGCAUGCCAUUCUACAUGUCUGGCAAUAGCCUUUUCCUGUCUUGCGGCUACGCAACUGGCGGGCCAUGCGUUUCCUGUCUUGGCCUGUACUAUCAUGGCGUACCUCAUCCAGUUUUCGUUCGUGUCCUGUUUUUUCUGGUUGAACGUUAUGAGCUUCGAUAUUUUUCUAAAUGUUAGGCGAUACCUAAACUCGUCUGUAAGCAGAAGAAGCAUGCGACGCCGCUUCGGGUGGUACUGCGCGUACGCGGUGGUGCUACCGGUGAUCUUAUUGGUGGUUACCAUCAGUAUGGAGCUGUCGCCGGCCGUGCCCAGCACUUAUCUCAAGCCCAACUUCGGGGUCAAGGGCUGCUGGUUCAAAACGGACCAAGCAGCCCUACCUUACUUCUACGGGCCCGUGGCGGCCAUCUUGCUCAGCAACCUCGUCAUCUUUGUGUGCACGUCGCGCGCGUUCGCGAAACACUAUGACAAACUGAAGGAUGUUACGCCAUUAGAUUUGGCCCAUUCGGACUUCAGUACGACGGACGACUGGGUGCGCCUGGGCACAGUGUUAGGACAGCCAUUAACUGUUCCGGAGCGCUCGCCCACAAGAGACAACGGCGGGUUCACGCAGCGGUUAAAAAAGUAUAGAAAAAUCUUCCGUACGAGUUGCCUGCUCUCCGUCAUCAUGGGGCUAUCCUGGGUGCUGGAGGUGGUGUCCUGGUGGGCGGGGGCAGGGUCCAGCUCCGUCUCCGUUUGGUCGGUGUUCGACAUCAUCAACGCACUCCAGGGCGUCGUCAUUUUUGGCAUGUUCGUGCUGCAGCAGCCUGUGCGCUCCUACGUGAAGCUAUCAAAAUUCUGCCAGUUCUGCCGACGAAGAAGGGACGGUUCAGAAGUGUCAGUAGUCAGUGCAAAGUGCAGCGUCGGCUCCGGUAGGAGAGACUUCGUUUAAAGUGUAUUUACUAGUUUAAGAACUGGAUUGGUAAACCUUACCAAGUCAUUUAUCGAGCCAAUAAACGCUAGCGAUGUCGCUAGCGCAGUGUAUAACGCAAUGAUGCAUAAUUAUCGGUAUGAGAGAUGCAUCGCUACCAAAUACAUAUGCCCGCGUUAAACCUGGUAACCGGUCUUUGUCAAAUACAUAGUAUCAACUGGUUCUCCAACUGGCUGACAGAUUCUGCUACUGGUAUCAAAAUGUAUGGUUUACCAGUUUGCCGCAUCCAUCUAUAGUAAUCCGGCACGAAUCUAUAGUUUUGAAAUGGUGACAUUUAUGACAGAUCCAUUAGAUAUCAACAGCGAUAUCAUGGUCGCGUUUUUAUCACCGGUCAUGUCAUGCAUCAUAUUCGCACUCGGCGUGGUGACAAAUGAUAAAGACCUGGCCAUCUUAGCCCUUCUGGUUGAAAUAAAUUGACAAGACAACCGAUUAAAAUGGUUGCGAUGAAUUGGCUGCUGCAUGGAUUUGUUGUAUAAAAUGGUCGCGUUUAAGAGCUGUCACAUUAUAGACGCUCGAGACUGAUAUUAGUAACAGUAUUAUUAUUUAAGAUCGCUUCAGUGGUUUGAGCUUUCAGUAUCAUUUUGUGGCAUCUACCGGCGAAUAUACUUUUAACCCUUCCAAUGCUACACCUGUCGUUUGCGGCGCGUCAUCUUGAACCUUGUCGCAAUGCACGAAGGUUGAUAUUAGGCUGUAGCCGCGCGCGUCAGUUGAAGUAUUUGGCGGUCAGUGUUAACAGAAAUUUUAUAGGUUAACCUUAUUUCUUUAAAGUCUAUAUAAUUAUGGUCAGUUAAGUACGGUCAUUCUCGAUUACCCAUACAUUUUUGCAUUAAUUUUAUAUGGUUAUCAGAGGUUGACAUAUUACGCAGAACGAAUGACUGAUGUUGCGCCGUUGUGAUAGGUAGGUAUAACUUAAAUUUAUGUGUAAUGGAAAAAUUACCUACUUACUGCAUUUAAAUAGUAAAGUGAUGAAAAAAACUGUUUAGUUCAAGUUCCACAAAGAACAAAUAAAUUUAAAAUUUUCGCUAACAGCACUGGAAAUGGAAUUGAGGUUUCUAGUGAAAUUCCAGCGAGGGAUUCCUAAUCCAGAUUAUUAUCCAAGCAGAAUUCAGAACACAUCACACCACAGGUAUAAGUGGGUAGGUACCUAGCUUUGUUCGAUCGUGAACUCAUUGACAUCCAAUUACGCGUAUAUCGAUAUCUAUGUCAAGUGUGUCACAACACUCGGCAAUACCAAUAUUAUGUCAUUACGCUGGAGUCCAAACUAUUAGAAGCGAUCUAAACCACCUGUAUGUGUGUAGCCCUUUUACAUCAACUGACACGAUAUCGGGGAAAGAGUCCUUUUAAACCUUUUUGUGUCAGAUAAUAUAAAUGGGCUUUUAGAGUGAAAGACGCGUGAUCUUUAGUUUUCUGUGAUAGCGCCUUUCGAACGUUACUUUGCUGUUCUACCAUGUUCCUUACUUUAACUCCACGGAACUCGUAUAUAUGUUGACACACUGGCGUCCUUUGAGCGUCUAUUAAUCAGCGCUAUGGAAAAUGGUGUCGCUGCGCUGUUGUGCCAACGUUGCGUCGAGCAACAUCCAUAGAGUUGAUUAGACGCAGACGCUUGGGAGACGCUUGUGUGGGGUGGCCCCACAGAGACCCCACACUGGCGUCUUUUGCGCGUCGGCGUUUAGUCAGCGCUAUGCAAAAUGGUGUCGCUGCGUCGAGAAACGUGUGGGGUUUCUCGUGACAAAUGUAUGGCGGUCGGCGUCAGCGUCAAGCAUCCUCUGAGCGCCCGUUUCGUGGCCCCGUUCCUUGUAAAAAUUGUAUAUUUAGGAUUGUACAAACAGAAAAAUGUCCAUUUAAAGUUACCGUUUAGUUAAAACAGCUUGUUGUAGCUAUGGUUGUUAAUAGUUAGAGUAAGAGAAUUGGAUAUUUUUAUAUCAUUAAUGAUAGACGAGACCAAGAAGUUAAUGGUUAUUAUGUAAGUUGAUUUUGUUUGUGGAGUGCACUUUUUCCGAAGUUAUUUUGUCCGAAAUAGUCGUUUUUUCGAAUGUAUAAUAUCAGAAAACAACUAAGGUAAAGGAAAUAUUUCCUUGGCAUACUAAUAUCACCUUAAACUUUUUGAUAAUAAUUUCUUGGUUACAUAAAAUACGGAAGGCAUUGCCUCCACAAUUGCCACUCACACAGUAUUCCGAAUUUCCAAAUAUAAAAUAAUAUUCUCGGACAAAAUAUUCAAUUUUUAUUAGUGUUUCCAAUUGUUAAAGAGCUCAUACAGACCGCUCGCUUCUGCAUUUUUUUAAUUUGACAAAAAAUGUAUUGUGCCAUAUUUAUAUAAAAUAGUAACAAUCAUGGUGCAUUUCCUUUCCUUUACGAGGGCUAGUCAUAUAUUGUGUAAUUAUUAAUGUUAUAAACUAAGUUAAUUUAUUUAUAUUAUUUUAAGUAUAGUUUUAAAUGUUAUAUGAUAUCUCAUUUCGAUAUAUGUAAGAACCUUCACUUUUAAAUAUACCUAGCUCAAAA